AUGAGCCAGAACGGUAAAAGUUUAAAAGGAUAUUGCCCUAUAAAUCAAAAGGAAGGAGGAAAGGAUAUAAAGGAGGUCCCAACACAGAGGGAACACAGGGUGGGUCAAACCGACAACGUGGAAGCGCUUCUGGGCAAACCUAUGGAGUCGCAAGAGAAGGUGAGACGAAGCGUGACGACAGACAGAAGAAAUGCUAAAAAGAAGGGACAUGGAAUGGGCCUAGGCAUAUCGGUGUGGCCCAAAAAGGAUAAUCACAGUGGGCCGAAAGAGAAAAACAUUUUACUUGGGUCUAAUGAUGCACCCAAAUGUUACAGUGACGGUGGGACCUAUUAUGCGAACAGUGAGGGCUUGUUUUGGGCCUUCAAUAUCUGA